AUGGCGAGUGUGGGGCAGAUCACGGGCACGCAGGUGCAUUCGGGGCCGAAGCACAUCCUGCAGUGCCAUGUGUCCGAGGACGUGCUGCGGAUGCUGGCCACCGAGGACACGAGGGAGCGGGUCCACCGCGACAAGAUGCUGUACUGCAUGCACAAGCACGAGCUCGCGCUGUGCUGCAGCAUCCCUUACAACACCAGCAACAACAUGAUGUUCAAGCAAAAGACGGCCUACCCUCCCGUGGUGACCACGCUUGGCUUCAUCACCCCAGAGACCCGGAAUCUCAUCCGGGCGGUCUACAACGCGCAGACAGUGGAGCAGUUCGAGGAGAGCCGGGAGAACAUCAUCGCCCGCGCCGCCAGAGACCCGAACUUCAAGUUCUACCUCCCACAGUUUACCUUCCAGGGGGUGGCGCAGACCCAGGCGUGGGCGACUUCGAACUUUGGGGACACGAUCGGGUCCGUCCUGGUCGCGGGCUUCGCCACCGUCAUGAAUGGCCACUUCCACGCCUACACGGGCGACGUCGUCCACUGGUACUUCGACUUCGAGAGCAUCAUGUUCGAGGAUGACGGGACGAGGAGGCGGAACGGGGCCUUCAACUCCAAUCCAGCGAAUGUCAACUUGAUCACCGAGGCGAACCCCGACUUCUACAACGCCGAUCCGAUCCGAAUUGGCGAGAAGGCCGGGGAGCGGAAGGACUACCACGAGAUGCGGGAGUACGGCAACUACCCGGAGCUCUACAAGAACCUUGACCGAAGGAUCGGAAGCCGGGAGUACAAGCAGAACAUCAUCUACCCGAAGCCCUACCUCUACGACGGCUGCGGGUAUGGCGACCGCAUCCGCGUCUUCGGGAGGGUGGUGAACGGCGGCAGGCCCUUCGAGCCCAUCGAUGUGCUCAUCUUCUCGCAGUGUCGUUGA